AUGAGCUCACCUAUGCAUUUAGGACGCCCUUCAGUAUCCAACAAUCCUAUAAUGCCCAUCAUUGCAAAUGGGUUACGGAGAACCUCAUCUACUACAUUCUGUGAAAUCACUGAUCCUCAAACUGGCAAAACCUUCUAUGCCAAUCUGCUAUCAGGAGAAUGCAGUUGGGAAUUGCCUCAGAAUGCUCGCAUUGAACCACGUGACCCAACUGGACAAGAAUGGUGGGAGCUCUUUGAUGAAGGACACAAGCUGCUGAUUGCGAUUCAGAAUUCUGCAAUCGGUAAGCGACUAUCACUUUCUUUCAAUCCAGCAACUUCAUACACUCCAAACAACUACGAGACUGGUGGAUCUUCAAAUGAAAAUAUGUUUCAAGCACGUAUGGGAACUUCUCCAAAAGAACACCAUUCACAAAAGGCAUCAUCUCAUUCUGGAAAUCUGGUAUCUGAUGCUGGAUUGAUGCGAUCGACUCCUAGUCUAACAGCAGUGCAAAACGCUCGUUCCAUGGGCAUCUCUGGACCGGUAAAUAGCCCAGAUGCUGCUCAAGCUAUGCAUCCAUUUAGUCAAAAUAAUAUUCAAAAUACUCAAUCAAUGAGUCUGCCUGCUCUUCAAUCUCUUCGCACUUUGCCUCCAAAGCUAUUACAAGACAUCACUCAAUUCAAGAUUGAUGGUUUUGCCAAAAAGUAUUUUUCAGAACAUCGCCGAGGAAUAUUUAGAAGAAAGGUUCCUCUUGAAAAAAUGUUGAUUUUUCAAAAGGACGCGCUUAAAGCACCGUUGAUGCAACUACGUCCUUCGCUUCACAAAGAUGCUAUCAAAUGUUUUAAAGCAAUUCAAAAAAUCAUGAAUCCAAGAGUAUCUCUCGAGUCACAAUUUGUAGAUAUUCAGGAACUUCUUGAAAAGGGAAUUCGUAUAGGUGGUCUCCGAGACGAGAUUUGUGUACAGCUUUGCAAGCAAUUAACUAAAAAUCCUAGCAACGAAAGUCUUAAACGUGGUUGGCAGCUAAUGGAUAUCAUCUGUUCCACAUUCCCACCUUCCAAAAACUUGGACAACUACUUGAAAAACUUUAUUCAGCAGCAUUUUGGCAUCGAUGGACCUGGUAGCCAACUUGAUACUAUUAUUCGCCACACUUCAGGAAGUCUUUUACGGACGAGUCGUAUUGGUCCUAGAGGUCGUACAAUGACACCUGCAGAAAUCAAUCAAGUUUUGGAGGCUCCAUUUAAAAACUCGGUGUUUGGAGAUACGUUGGAAAAUAUCAUGGAGAGACAAAUAAAGUCUCAGCCUACUUUAGAGCUUCCAAGAAUUCUCUUGUUCCUUUCUGAUGCUAUUCUAUCACUCAAUGGGUGCCAAACAGAAGGCAUUUUUCGAGUGCCUGGUGAUGCCGAGGCAGUAUCUGAUCUUCGAUGCCGCAUUGAUAAAGACGAAUAUAGAAUGGAUGGAAUUCAUGAUCCAAACGCCCCUAGUUCGCUUCUUAAGUUGUGGCUUCGAGAACUUGCUGAGCCUUUGAUUCCCGGUGAAUACUACGAUGGAUGCAUUCAGGUGGGACAGCAGGAUGGACAUGUGAGCUCACAAGAUCUAUACAUACCUGCUAUACGAAUUGUUGACGGACUUCCAGAUAUCAAUCGUAAAGUGGUUCGAUUCAUGAUUCAGUUUCUUAAAAUCAUUGCCGAGGCACGCAACCAACCCAUUACCAAGAUGACAGUUGGAAAUUUAGCCAUGGUAUUUGCUCCAAACUUUCUUCGAUGUCCCAGUGACAACCCAGCAACCAUUUUUGAAAAUACCAAAUUUGAGCAAGCAUUUUUGAAAGUGCUAAUGGUUGGCGGACAUCAGUCGGACUCGUAGAACACCCAAAAGGACAAACUUUGGAUUCUAUCAUCCUUUGUCAUCUUUCUCUUGUCAUAGUCGUGGGUUUUGCUUCAAACAUCAAAUACCACUUUUUGCUACUUUUAACACAGAUUGAUCCGCACGUCUACGUUUUCGAGCUACAUUGUCAAUUCCACAAUUAAACCUUUGUUUC